AAACGACUCUCAAGUCUUUUUUAUUUGAAAUCAAUCACAAUCAAGUCAAAUUUUUUUAUUGAUUACAAUGAAUGUUGGCGUAGCCUGUCUUACCACGAUCCUGUUCUAUUACGUAUCCCUAGCCAAUAGCUAUGAAUACUGCAGUAAGGAAACAAAGCUUUGUAUGGGAAAUACCAAAAGGCACAUAGUGUGCGACAAGGAGCAGAUUACACCGGAUUCUGUGUACCAAAAACAUUAUCCUAUGACCGAUCUAUUGAGAAACUGGAUUCUCUAUUGGCAUAAUUAUCAUCGCAACGAAGUUGCAUGUGGAAAAGCUGAAGGCAGCCAAGGUAAAUUGCCUCCUGCAAUGCAAAUGAGAGAAUUAGCAUGGGAUUAUGAACUUGAGUAUGUGGCAAGUGUGCACGCUGGAAGAUGUAAAAUGCAACAUGAUCAAUGUCGUAAUACCGAACGUAUUCCCAUAUCUGGCCAAAAUCUAGCAUACCAUAGCACCACAGGAAUUCCGCGAAAAGCGUUGGAACAUGCACAGAAAUCAAUUUAUAAUUGGUUUAAGGAAUGCAAAGAUGUACCAGAGUCUAUAAUUAAGGAAUUUGCUAAAAUUGAUUCUCCUGUUAAAAUUGGACAUUUUACUGUUUUGGCUAAUGACAGAGUUGGAAGAGUGGGUUGUGCCAUGACUUUUUGUACAGGCUUUCCAAAUAAAGGAGAGAAAUGGUAUUACAACCACAUAACUUGCAACUACGACUAUACUAAUGUUCCCGGAUAUUAUGUAUACAAAAUUGGAAAAGCGGGGAAUUGUAAAUAUUUUGAUGUAGAAAGGAGUUCAAAUUUUAGUUGCUUGUGUGAAAAAUCUUUUUCAUGACAAAAUCUUUGAAUAUAACACGUUCAAAAC